GGUGCUCAGUUUUAAAAUAAUUAGAAAAUAUACAAAAUGUCUAUUACUGAAAAUUUACGACGAUCUUCUCGAAUAAAAGCCCGCGUAGAAGGAAGACCAUCUACAAAGUAUACAUCAUCUAAUUUAGAUGAAGAUUCAGAUGAAAAUUUUGAUGUAGAUUCAGUAAAUAUAAUAAAAGAAGAACUUAAAAAUGUAGAAGAAAAUAUACAAAAACCAGUUGAAUUGUUUUCAAAUGACGAUGUAAGUGGAGAGGCAUUAUAUAAAUUACAAACACCUGUUAAAAAAAGUACCAUGACACAAAAAGCACACUUAUGUCGUACACCUGUUAAUAAAACUACAUUACCUGUAGCUAAAGUAGUUCUUGAAAAAAUAAAUUUAAACGACAAAAGAAACUUGAAAAUACUUAAGAAAAGUCAAAAGGUUGCAAGAGGUGCUGUUAUUGAGAAAAGAUAUAAAACUGGAUUAACUUCAAGUGAAAGUGAGAGUAUAUCUGAACAUAGUGAUUAUGUACCAUCUGAAGAUAGCAAAGAUGAAACAACUGAGAGCGAAAAUACAGAUUUUAGUAAUGAUGAAACAAAUGAAAUGAAAACAAAGCUUCGAAAACAAAAAUUUAUAUUGCAAUCAAACAUAUUGAGUACACCAAAAAGAAUAAACAAAAAAAAUAAACCUUCAGUUAUUUACAAGGAUUUUCAUAUGCAAAGUGACGAAUACUUUGCUACACAAUCUGAGAAAAUAAUUACAUCUGACCGGACAUUAGAAUAUUUACAUAAUACUCGGUUAACAAAAGAAAAAUUAGAACAAUUGUUAGCAAAUCAAAAUUAUGUGUCCUCACAACAUAAAAAAAAUAUUUACUCAUUAACUCAAAACUACACUUCAUUAUUUCCUAUGUGGUAUUUUAUUAUGGAGCAAGGAUACACUAUAUUACUUUAUGGUUUAGGUUCAAAGAGAUGUUUAAUCAAUGAUUUUCAUAAGAGUAUAUCUUAUCAUCCAUCACUAGUAGUAAAUGGAUUUUUUCCUAGUUUAACUACAAAAGAUAUUUUGGAUGGUAUAAUUAUUGAUUUAUUGGAGUUAAAUUGCUCUAGCAACACAACUGAAUGUAUACAUCUUAUUAAAAAAGUUUUAACAAAAAAUCCGAAGGACAGACUUUAUUUAUUAAUACAUAAUAUAGAUGGCAUAAUGUUACGUUCAAAUAAAGCUCAAGAUUUAUUGUCUUGCCUUGCAAGUGUACCAAAUAUUUGUGUUUUGGCAUCAGUAGAUCAUAUAAAUGCUCCACUAUUAUGGGAUCAUACAAAACAUUCUAAAUUUAAUUUCUUUUGGUGGGACACAACAACAUUUUUAUCUUAUCAAGAAGAAACAUCUUAUGAAAGUUCACUUAUGGUUCAGCAAAGUGGUGCUCUUGCUGUGUCAUCUCUUCAUAAUGUUUUCCUUUCUUUAACUUCGAAUGCCAAGGCAAUCUACGUAUUGCUUGUGAAAUAUCAGUUGAAUAACAGCAGUAAUGCUAAUAUUACCGGAAUGGCAUUUAAAGACCUUUAUCGAGCUGCUCGUGAAGGAUUUCUCGUAAGCUCAGAUUUAGCGUUAAGAGCACAAUUAACUGAGUUCAUAGAUCAUAAACUAGUGAAAAUAAAGCGUAAUAUUGAUAGUGUUGAACAUCUUGUAAUCCCAUUAAAUAAUGCACUUUUGAAACAGUUUCUGGAGGAAUAUGAUAGAUGA